UUAUGAUAAUAGUUAUUGGGUUACUCCAAGCUAGUUUGCUUAGAAUAUCUCUACAUACGUCUGGUUCGGCGACAUAUACGAACAAGUAUUCACAUGAACAAUAUUGUUUAAUAAAUUUUUAAGUAAACGUACGUGCACGGCCUAAUUUUUAGGCUUUUCUAAAAUUAUAAAGAUAAAGGAAUAUAUGUGUAAUAUACCCACGCUGCCUUAAUCAGCAUCAAAAAAUGUCUAAAUAUACAGGGAAAAAAUGUCGUUUACUUUCAAUGAUGUGGCUGACUGCGUUCUUCUUCUUCGUGGAAAUCGUGGUGGGCUAUGUGACAAAUUCAAUGGCCUUGGUAGCAGAUAGUUUUCAUAUGUUAGGUGACAUAGCUGCCCUUGUCAUAUCAUUCCUAUCGGUAAAAAUGUCCCCGAAAAAGUGGUCCAAAAAUACAUUUGGUUGGGCGCGAGCAGAAGUGUUGGGUGCUCUGGUUAAUGCAGUGUUUUUAGUUGCUUUGUGCUUUAGCAUUACCAUAGAAGCUUGCAAAAGAUUUAUAGAAGAAGAGGAAAUUCACGAACCGAAACUAUUAGUUAUAGUAGGCUGCCUAGGGUUGUUGGUAAAUGUGAUAGGAUUAUGUUUGCUUUAUGAACACGGCGGUCACCAUGGCCAUUCACACGGGGGAGGCCUUACUAGAAAUCACAGCAGACUUACCGAACUGGCUAAUAUCGACGAUGGCGAGGGCGAGGGCGAAGCUGAAUUUGCUUAUGAAAAAGAGAAAAAACCGGUUAAGAAAUUGAACCAUGGACAUAGUCAUGAUGCAGGCCAUAUGAAUAUGAGAGGUGCAUUUUUACAUGUAUUAAGUGAUGCUUUGGGUAGCAUUAUUGUUGUGAUAAGCGCUUUGGUUGUAUGGUUAACAGACUGGAAAUAUCGAUAUUAUAUGGAUCCUGCUCUUUCAAUUGUGUUAGUUUGCUUAAUUUUACAUUCUGUUUGGCCCCUUCUACGUGAAUCUGCGUUAAUAUUGCUGCAAACUGUUCCAACUCAUAUUCAGGUUGAUGCCAUUCAAAAACGUCUCUUAGAAAAGGUUGACGGAGUCUUGGCCGUUCACGAAUUUCAUGUCUGGCAAUUGGCUGGAGAUCGCAUAAUCGCUUCAGCUCACAUAAGAUGUCGGAACCUUUCGGAAUACAUGAAAAUUGCUGAAAAAGUUAAAGAAUUUUUCCACAAUGAAGGCAUACACUCUACCACAAUCCAACCUGAAUUUGUUGAAAUAGAAGGUUGUAACAUGUCUGACGGUACAUCUAGUUUAAAUAUGAGUGGCUCUGAUUGCGCACUGGAUUGUCCAAGUACAGCUGAAGGAUGUGUUAAGGCAACUUGUUGUCAAAAUAAUAGCAAACUAAAUCAGGUGCCCUCGCCGACAAAUUCCCCUUAUGCAUGUCGCCAAAGGAACUCGACCAAAAAUCCGAAUGAUGUUGAAGCAGGCUCCUCACUUUUGGAAUGUUUAGCUGGUGCAUCGGUGCAUAAUGGCAAUUCGGAGUCUCUGCGUACGACUAAUGGAGAUGUAGUGUGACACCUUUACCUCUCAUAUAUGUGACAAAAGUAAUGAAAUGAAAAAAUCCCAAACGCACAAAAAAAAUUUGUAUUAUCCAUUUUUAUUACAACUUCGCUACAGGUAUAAUUAAUGGUUGAAAAUCUGAAUAGAUAAGAAUCCAACCAAAGAUUGAUAAAAAAAUUCAGAAUUGCAUUGAAUCAAGAAAUAUGAUGUUAUAAAUCAUUAAUAACAUAAUUAUCAACAAAAGCAUCAAGUUACCAUGAUACUGGUUCGAUAGACAAAAAUAUAAUAGUAAAAGUUAGAUAAUGUUAGUAGGGUAUUCAUAUAAAUUUAGUAGUAAAAUUAUAAUUUUUUUCAGUACUUUAGCAACUAAGUAUUCGUUAUAUUAGAUUGUAAUUUUAAAAUUAAAAGAACAAUUUGGAUGCAUUUCUUCUUUUUGACAAUUGUUUGUUCAAAUUGAAGAAAUGUAGAUCUUUUUUAUUUUCAUAAUUUUACAUGCAUACAUACAUAC